UUGUACCUAGUCUCGCCGGGACAGAGAAGCGGGCCGGGACCAGCCGGGCCAGAUCAGACUGGACCCCAGGGGCGAUGCGGCUGCUGCCCCUGCUGCGGACUGUCCUCUGGGCCGCGCUGCUCGGCUCGCGCCUGCGGGGGUGCUCCAGCCUCCGCCACCCUGUCUACUGGAACUCCUCUAACCCCAGGCUGCUUCGCGGAGAUGCUGUGGUGGAGCUGGGCCUCAACGAUUACCUAGACAUCUUCUGCCCGCAUUAUGAAAGCCCAGGGCCCCCGGAGGGCCCCGAAACCUUUACUUUAUACAUGGUGGACUGGUCAGGCUACGAGGCCUGCAAGGCAGAGGGGGCAAGCGCCUUCCAGCGCUGGAAGUGCUCGCUGCCUUUUGCCCCUUUCGGCCCCGUUCGAUUCUCAGAAAAGAUCCAGCGUUUCACACCCUUCUCCCUGGGCUUCGAGUUCUUGCCUGGAGAGACAUACUACUACAUCUCGGUGCCAACCCCGGAGAGUUCUGGCCGGUGCUUGAGACUGCAGGUGUCUGUGUGCUGCAAGGGGAGCGGAUCCGAGUCAGCCCAUCCUGUUGGGAGCCCUGGAGAAAGUGGCACAUCUGGGUGGCGCGGAGAGCAUGCCCCCAGCCCCCUGUCUCUCUUGCUGCUGCUGCUGCUCCCAAUACUUCGUCUCCUGCGAGUUCUGUGAGCCAAGUGUAUCUUCCCUGUCACCCCAAGGAACCAGAGCCCUUCCCAAGAUCCUCUGCUGAAGGGGUUUUUGCCACCAUACCGGUGAUGCCGUGCCAGGCAGACACGAUGAAGCUUUGAUGUGCAAAGUCAGAGGAUCUGAGGUGACCCUUGUAGGUGACUGCCCCUCACCACAGGCUGAAGAGGAACUACAAGGGAGCUGCAGACUGUCCAGGGCCCCCUGGAGCAUCGCUGCUUUGAUGGUCUUGUCUCUUCCCCCAGAAGACUGGGAUUUGGUGAGAUCAAAUCCUUGAGCCACUGGGGACCGAAGCCAAAGACCUGUGAACAGGUGGGUUCCUGGGCCAAGAGCGAGGGAGAAGCCAUGCCAUCUGUCCCCUCUAGGUGUCUUCCCAGGGGCAACUGUUGCCCUCCCAGGGGCCAUUUAUUUGUCUUCUGUGAAGACGGACUUGCCAUGAGGUUGAAUUUCAUGCUGGUUUGUAUUUUUUAUAAGUGUUUGGACCAAACCUUCAAUAAAUCACCCAUUCUCAUGGGGCAUGGUGGCUCACACCUGUAAU